AUGUCAGACACAGGAAGAAAGCUGGUAGUGUGUGAUAACAGGUGUGGCUGCACUGUUCCUUGUGCUGGUGGUUCCACUUGCAGGUGCACAAGUAGUGAGGGUGGUGCAAGAAGUGAUCACUCGACAUGUCCAUGUGGAGAACACUGUCAGUGUAAUCCAUGUAACUGUUCUAAGACUGUUGCUGCUGGAAGUGCUUGCAGAUGUGAUGCAAGCUGCACUUGUGCUUCUUGCCGCACUUGA